AUGCAUGCACAGAAACUGGCCAGUGAUCGCAGAAUACCAUUGCAGAAAUUGCUUGCAUUCAUUGAGAAUGGUAAUUUAUUUUUCAUGCUUCUUGAGCUGAGGGCCGGUCAGAUUGAACAAGAAGAAGGGAAUGAAGCACACGCCCUACAAGAAUUAGAGAAACUGAUUUCUUCAAAGGACUUUGAGAGCGCACUAAAGAGUCGUCUUACUGCCUGCAUGCUAUCCCCUAACCUGACUGCAUACGUGACUGAUACCCAACAACAUGUCAUGGAAUUUAUUCAAGGGCACCUUGAACUUUUCAAGAUCUCUGAGGGCCUCUUCAACGACAGUGAGUUGCGUAUGCAAUUGGGUAAAUUAGUUACGUGGCUUUUGGCGACCAUCUGCGGUCAGAUCAAGACUGCGUUAACAACAUUGAUCAUCAAGAGAACAAGUAUUAUGGACGCUCUCAAGCCCCUUAUACACAGUGGUAUGGAAGUCGACUCUUCACACUGGACUAGGUUUGCGUUUUUGCGGCGCUGUAUCCGCAUUUUCUUGAUCGGAGUUCGUGAUCACAAAAAGGUCUCCCUCCAGGAUCUUUUCUCCCCCUACCUCAUUGCCUCGCUUCACCCGGACCUCCAACAGCACAUCCAGCAAACACUCAAAGUCAAUCUAGUUCAGCUGGCACAGGAACUCGAGGAUGGCACACCUCACGCCUCUGGCA